UCCUAUCUAUUAUAUAUUAUCUAUGGUGGUAAUCACUAAUCACCGAUGCCAAUUUAAGCAGUAAUUUAUAUUCUUAAAUUAAGAGUUUUUAAUUUUUACUUUUUAAUAUUGUUUGUUUAAUGAAUUUAUAAUACUAUUAUUAUACAAGAUGCCAUUAAAAUAUUCAAUUUUACUGCCUACGUAUAAUGAAAAAGAAAAUUUACCUGUCAUAGUGUAUUUAAUCCACAAAUACUUGGAAAUUAGUGAGAUUGAAUAUGAAAUAAUUAUAAUUGAUGAUGGCAGUCCAGAUGGUACUUUAGAAGUUGCCAAACAACUUGAAACCAUUUAUGGAAAAGAUAAAAUAUUAUUAAGGCCCAGAGGGAAAAAACUUGGAUUAGGCACUGCGUAUAUUCAUGGAAUGAAACAUGCCACUGGAGAUUUUAUUAUUAUAAUGGAUGCUGAUCUAUCACAUCAUCCAAAAUUUAUACUUGAUUUUAUAAGAAAACAAGCUGAACAAGAUUAUGAUGUUGUCACUGGUUCACGAUAUAUUGGCAAUGGAGGGGUUUCCGGUUGGGAUUUUAAAAGAAAGUUAGUAAGUCGUGGUGCUAAUUUUGUUAGCCAAAUAUUAUUGAGACCAAAAGUAUCUGAUCUCACUGGUAGUUUUAGAUUGUAUAAGAAGCCAGUUUUAGAGAAAUUGAUAGAAUCAUGUAUAUCAAAAGGAUAUGUAUUCCAAAUGGAGAUGAUGGUACGUGCAAGGCAACUAAAUUAUACUAUUGGUGAAAUUCCAAUAACCUUUGUAGACAGAGUUUAUGGGGAGUCUAAGUUAGGAGGAUCAGAAAUUUUUCAGUUUGUAAAAUCUCUGUUGUAUUUAUUUGCUACUACAUAAAAUCAUUCAGUAUAAAGUUUAAUGUCAUGUAUAAAGGAUACGCUGAUUAUUUUUCAAUAUUAUAUUAUUUUAAAAGGAAUAACAUUGAUUAAUGAUAAGUGUUAUUUUUUAAGCUAUUAAAAAUUAAUAUUGAUUAAUUUCUAAUUCUCAUCAGGCAUCAGCUGAUGUUCCAUUUAUUUGAAUAUAUUUGUUUGUAUGUUAUCAGUUUAUCACUAAUAAAUAAGAAAAUAUAACUUAUUAUUUAAAU